GACGUGAUCGCGGUGUUACACGGGCAACAUUGAUGUUAGGAAGAGUAUUUGAAUACCCAUCCAGUUAACAGUAACUUGGAAGCGAUUACAUAAUACCAGUGUCCAUUUUGGUGGCACAUUUCUACUUGGCAACUUCAGGUCUUGACUGAAAUUUGAUGUUAAAUUUUUCGAACUUGAAACUGCGGAUUGAAAUUAUGAAUUAAGCUUAUUAGUUGCAGUAUAAUUUUAUCAUAUCGGCUGUAUAUACAUGCACGAUAACCAAGAUGUUCCCACCAGAUGGCGGAGUGGUGCCUGUGCUUACAGCACUUGGAAUUGGCGUUGUCGUGGGCUGGAUCUUGAAGUCAAAAGGAGGUGGAAUCUCUGCAAGAAUGUUAGGAAUGUCCAACAGUAAUCGCAAGAAAGAAAGUAACUCAGCUAUGUCGGACAGUGGAGAAUACAAGAUGGUGAUAGUUGUGAGGAAUGAUUUAAAAAUGGGAAAAGGCAAAGCGGCAGCACAGUGUGCCCAUGCUGCAGUGACUGCUGUUGAAACUUUGUUUCGCACAGACAAGCAGCUGCUGUUCCAUUGGAAGCGAUGUGGACAGCCUAAAGUUGUAGUAAAAGUUGAUGAUGAAGCAAGUUUACUUUCUACUGCUGAGCGAGCAGAUGCUAUGGGUCUGACAACUAGUAUAGUUCGUGACGCAGGCCGGACACAAAUAGCUCCAGGUUCUAAAACUGUUCUCAGUGUUGGACCAGGUUUGGCUUCCGAAAUAGACCAAGUGACGGGACAUCUAAAACUUUUUUAAAUUAAUGUAAUUUUGUACAUUUAAUAAAUAAUUAUAUUUUCUAAA